UUUUCAGGCAGCAAGGGGGAGUAUAUUUCGAGACCAUGUGGAAGGGCAGCGUCCACAAGUACUUCAUUCCCGACUCGGAGCUUCCCAUGGUCUCAGAGGACCACUUCCUUUUCAAGGAGGAAAGGGCGCGCAUCGAGGAGGACAGGCUCAAGAGGUUAAGCCAGGCAAAGCACAUGCUGGAGCUCGGGUGUACUAACGAGGAGGUCACCUUUGACAUCGAAAAGAAGGCGGCUGACAGAACCCUUGAGUCCCGAAAGGAAGAGCUUCGAGAGCGUAUGCUGGGACGCGCUGAAGACAUAUUGGAGGAGUUGGAGGAAGAAGGUGAGUCCCAUGGUAUUAG